GAGAAAAACAAUUGGAGAUCAUUGGUUAAUGGCCUCAUUAGUGUGAAAUAUGGCUGAAAGUAAUAAUAAUGAUAUGUGUAAAGGAAAACAGAAGAAUGUACAGAUAUUGUAUAAGAAAUUCGUCAUUUUAAAUAGGGAUUUACUGAACUUCGGUGUCAGUAUAGAAGAGUUAAAAGAAAUUUGCUUCAAGGGGAGAAAAGCAGUAUGCACGAUACAAGAGUCUAAAAAAAGUGCACGCCAUUCAGGUUUGACAGUAGCAGUCACUCUUGUUGGAACUGUUUUAGUCAGUAUUUUACUGAAAGUAAUAUUGGAUUCUGUAAUGAACACUCUCGGUACUCGAUGCUUGUUACCGAACAACUACUUUAUUUGGGAGGCAACGAGACCAGAGACUGAUUGCAGUAUGUGUAAGGAUGUGAAAACUGUUCUAGUAUUUGGCAACAUUAGUCGGGAUGAAUUCAGAAAUUAUGCGUAUUCUUCCCGACCGAUGUUGGCGAAAGGUGCAGCACUGCACUGGCCAGCAAUGCAGACAUUUACAUACCACUUUUUGAAAGAAAUAUAUCAGAAUGUUGCAGGUGCAUAUGAAAGCAUUGAAGAAGAGUGUCAAAUUUUAACUUUCAAAACGGAGUUCAAAUCAUUAGAAGAUGUAUUUGCUAUGCCAGAAUCAAGGGUUCUGCUAAAAGAAGGAGAAAAACCGUGGUAUGUUGGAUGGAGUAACUGUCAUCCAGAAGUACUGGCCAUAAUGCGAGAGCAUUACAGUAUACCACAUUUUUUGCCAGAAGAUGCAGAGCAUGCCCAUAUGGAUUACAUCUUCAUUGGCUACCAACAGGGAGCAGUGAUGCAUAUUGAUUAUAUUAGUCGGCUUAUGUGGCAAGCACAGUUGAGAGGGCACAAGACUUGGAAGCUUGUACCCCCACCAGACUGUGACCACAUUUGUUCAGGAAUCAGUUUCAGAGUUGAACCUGGUGAUAUCGUUCUGCUAGACACUCGGCAGUGGUACCACGACACUCACAUAGAUGCCGGUGAGAUGAGUCUGACAAUUAGCUCAGAGUACGGUUAACUUCUAUUCAGUAUUGAUUUUGCUCAUUGUUCAUCCUGAAGAGUUUCAACAGUGACUCUUAGAAUCUUACACCUGUGUGAAAACAAGCCUUCAUAUCACUUUAAAAGCAAUUUUAUACCAACUGUUCAAGAAUGUCUCUCGACUUCUGUUACAGAUGCUUUCAGCUUUGGUCUCUAAACAUAUCAGCAUUCUUUCAUUAACCUGAAAUUUCAUUGGAGAGUUUUAUAUAAGAAAAGAAUGUGUUAUUUUGUAUGAAACAUGUUUUAAUUUUACUCUCAUUUGAAAAAAUUAUUGAAGGUUGAUGAAACAUGUAUUUUAAGACUGUUUAAAUAUGAAGUUUUCAUAAACAAAUAACAGUCAGAAUUAUUUUCAGAGAUAGUAUAUAUGCUCUGUUUAGAACUUGCACAAUUACAGAAACAUUCCUAGUCAUUGGAGUUGCUUUAAAAGUGUAUAAAUAUUUUCAUUAGCACAAAAUGAAAGUGUUCAAAAUUUAGUCAUUAAAUGUACAAUUGAACACAAAGAAUAUUGGCACAGUCAGUUCAGAAUUCUAUGUAAGUGGAGUCUUCAGACUUAAAGAAAGCCAUCGGCUAUUUUUCGCAUUCCUUAACUUUAGUAAAAUAUUUUGCUUUUUGUGUCAGGGACAUUCAUUUUCAAACUAGAAUAAUUAAAUUCCACUGGUUAGUUUCUGUCAGGUGCGCAAAUCUUAAAGAGUUUGCUUCUCUUAUACUUUCUUUAGUUAACAUUGUCAAUGUUAAAAGAGAGUUGCAGCAUUUAUUGUUCUCCAGCUACACAGUGAUUAUUGAUAUUUGGUCUGACAUGCUGCACAUAACUACAAAAGUAUUUUACAUUUUGUAAUAUAUAUUGCAAGAGAAAUGGAGGCUCUGAGAAGCUAAUAACAUGACAUAGGGAGAUACGAGGAUACCAAUUUAUGAGCAACGAAGAUGCAGAGAAAGAAAGCAGUGAAAUCAUCAUUGCCAAACUUUUUGCUGGCUCUGCAUAAUUUGUAACUACAACUGUAGUACAUGUUCUGCCAGUUUUCACUACUUUCAGUUUGAACAUCAUGCUUGCAAAUUUUAAAAUUUGCCACGCAUUCAUUAGCCAAUAUGAAGAUUCCACACCAAAUGACUGGGAUAUGAAAUUCGUCAAUUAAUUUGUGAUCUGCUUUGAACAGAUCAUUCCAGAGGUGUUAUAUUCACUCGUUGCUAAAUAGCCAUGGUAGUUAAUAUGUACUGCAUCAGGAUUCUCUUAAUUGGUAUACUGGUGUGUAGUGUCUUUCCUUGUUGUAUCAUAUGUACUGUAUUAUACAUAAAGAAGAUUACAGCUUUAUUAACAUCUUGCCACUUUGGAUUUCCACCGCAGGUUUUCAGAGCAUAAUUUUAUAUUAAUGUAAUAAUAUAUUCAAGAGUUAUAUUUUUAAAGAUAGAUCUUUUUUAGAGAAAUUGGUGGUGUGUACAUAAUCUGUUGCUGUCUUUCAUUUCGCAAUAUACUUCCUAGUCAUUUGUUGAGUAAUGAUCUACAGUGCUGUUAGAAGUGUCUCAAUAUAAUACUUUCUUUUAUGAAACUCAUAUUUUAAUAUGGUCAUGCAAGAAAUGUUUUGAUUUUAGGGGAACACAUCAGAGUGGAUUUUAACGUAGAUGUAGCUUUAUAAUUAUUCACAUGUGUAUCUUACAGUUCUCAUGGUUAUCCUGUCAGCGUUGUUUCUUUGAAAAUAUUUCAUAAACAUUUUGUGUGAAUAUAUGGAGGCCAUAUUUAAGGAAUUUGUAUGUUGUAAGCAUUUUAUUUUUAAUCAUUUGCUGUCUAAAAAUAAUUUUAUAGGUUUUGCACUUACUGUCAUAAGUAGUGAGUAAGUAUUACUUUUCUUUGGGAACAAGUUUUAUUGUUUUAAGAUUAUUAAAAUCAAAUAUUUUAUAUAAGUCAUUCAGUUACCAAAGUGUUGUCUGCACAAGUGUAUAUUAUAAAUUGUUCAGAAUAUUAUGCGUAUAAACAACUGUGAUAAAAUCAGAACUUAUUAGUCAGGAAGGAAGUUUUGCAGCAGAAUAUUUAUAGAAAUGCAUUGUGAAAUGUCUGAAUGUUACUUUGAUAGCGAAGAUAUGAAGCUGGAAUGCACAUAUAUCACUCCACACUUAGCCACUAUUUAUAAAGCAUCUCAAGAAGUAAAGUAGUAGUAAUGGGUCAUAUAACAGUUUACUAUGAGUCAGAAUCAAACUUUGUAAUGUUGUACAGGCCAUUCCCAACAUAACUCCAAUAUAUUCUUGAAAAUUGCCUUGUAAUUCAAAUUAUUAUAGGUUGAAUAUCAGUUUCCUAUAGAAUUUCAUGUUAUAAAAAGAGAAACAUUACAGAACCUCAGAAAAAAUAUAUACCAAGCCUCAUUUAGGUUAUCUAUAUCUUUAUUUUAAUUUUUUUUUAAUUUAACAGUUAAGAACUAGUGAGUGCUAU